GAUACAUGACAUUUCAUCAACUAAUGAAACAACUUACUACUUUGUCUCUUCACCAUUUAACUCUAAUUAAAUACACUUAAUUGGUAGGCAUGGGAAUCAAGGUUCAUGGAAUCCCUCACGGUGCCACCCUCCGUGUUUUGGCCGCUCUUGAAGAGAAGGAGAUCGAUUUCGAAUUGGUUACCGUCGAUUUGAGAACCGGUGCCCACAAACAACCACCUUUUCUUUCCCUCAACCCAUUUGGUCAAAUUCCAGCUUUUGAAGAUGGAGAUCUCAAGCUAUUUGAAUCAAGGGCAAUUACAAAAUACAUAGCAUGCAACUAUGAAAGCCAAGGAACUCCCUUAGUAAAGAAAGAAGGAAAACAAAUGGCAGACUUAGCCAUAUGGUUGGAAGUUGAGGCUCACCAAUUCGAUCCAGUAGCCACUAAACUCAACUAUGAGCUUGUUUACAAGACUUUCAUGGGCUUGGAAACCGGCAAUGCUAUAGUCGAGGAGAACGAAGCUAAGUUUGCUAAGAUCCUCAAUGUUUACGAGGCUCGAUUGGCAAACUCCAAGUACCUAGCUGGUGACUCCUUCACUUUGGCUGAUCUUCAUCAUUUGCCUGGACUUCAAUACAUGCAGGCUACAAAAGUGAAGCAAUUGCUUGAUGAACGUCCUCACGUGAGUGCUUGGCGCAAGGAUAUCUUGGCUAGGCCAGCAUGGGCAAAGGUUGUGGCCUUGCAAAAAGAAACCUAAAGACAAUACCCCCUCCGUCCUUAAAUAUUUUUCCAGUUUGUCAUUUUAUGAGUUAUUGAGGAGAGGGGAUAUUACAAGAUUAUCAAUUAUUGUUGUAUUUUAUGGGAAAUUGCAUGUUGUUCUUUUUAAUUCAUUUUUCACAAGAAAAUAAAACUGUUGUAACAGUUGUGAGCCAAUGGAAUUAAGAAAUAAAAGUGUUAACUCAUUAUUCCA